GUGAAAUCCACACAAAUUGACAGCAACGAUAGUUUGUCGGGACCCGCGGGAGAGCAGCUGAGGAGGAGAUGUCGUUGGUAGAUUACGCCUCGUCCGACGACGACGACGUCGUUCCGGUUGAUCCCGUCGGGGAGAACGAUAAGGCUCAACCUCAAAUCCAAAACCGCAACCACGUCCAUACUGAAUCAAGUGAGAAGCCUGAAAGUGCAAGUGCCUUGCCAGCGCCUGACUUUGGGAAACUUCCUGAUGCUUCAGAACUGUUGAACUCUUCUGAGUUCUCGUAUAAUGCGCUGAGUGGUUCUGACCACUCUUCUCGAGUGGCAGCUGCUAUGGCUCAGAGUGCAUCAUCAUCGCGGAAGAGAAACCCAGUUGGGUUAGAUUCCUCUCUGCCCCGCGGUAAAGUUCCUAAAGGGACUUUGACUCAUUCCAAGAGUGUUCCAGAUACUGGUGGUGGCAUUCUAGUUCCUCCCCAACUUCGUGGAAGGAGUAACGUUGUUACAGAAGACAUAAACAAGCUCUUCGUCAAAAAGCAUGCUGAACCUUCAUCGAAGUAGGUGACAGUUAACAAUGCUUGUAGUUUAGUGUUUGGAUAAUAACACCUUCAUGAACAUCUCAACAAACUAGUAGAAUGUAAAAGUUAUGUGCUCACCCAUAAUUUGUGUUAUGGUAUUGGCUAGGAUGGACCGACUGACUGUUUCAGAAAGCAAUUACAUUCUACAAUUUUUCAGUUAAUGAGAUUGUCAAGUAGAAUUUACAGCUUUCAAACAAGUACUGUAAGGAGUGAAGAAAUCACUACAGUUUUGAUGUAUAGUUUCAAUCUUAAGAAAUUCCCUGGUUUAAACAGUAUGCCAUUUUAAGAAA